AGUACAGUCAGCAAGAGACAGAGAUGGUGGAGCUUCAAGGGGCGUGGAAGGUCUUUCGUUAUAAAAUAGGUCCUAAAACAGCAAAGAUAUUAUAAGGAAGACAGCUGUCUUGGACUGGACUACGGAAAUUUACUGCAAACAUCAAGAACAGGACUUGGAAGUGUCAAGCUAAAUCCAUCAAUGGCCAGCCAUAAUGCCCUACUGAGUGGUAUAGAUUUGCAGUGUUAUGAGAAUAACCAUGCUCACCGCACUGAGGAGAUGGAUGUGAAGCGUCUGGUGGUGCGCAGAGGUCAGCCUUUCUCUGUAGUACUGCAGUGUACUGAGCACAUCCCACAGCACAGAGACCAGCAGCUCAACCUCAUACUACACCUGGGAAAGAAAAAUGAGGUGGUCUUGAGGGUGUCAGAUUCAGAGCAAGCUCAUGGGAAAUGGUGGUUUAGUCAUCGUGAUGCUCAGGGUGAGGUGAUGCUGACUCUUCACAGCCCUGCUGAUGCUCUUGUGGGUCUGUACAGCAUGACUGUGGUUCUGCUCUCAGCUGAUGGGCAGAUCUUGGAGCAAACCAAGCCUCAGACCUUCUACCUGCUUUUCAAUCCCUGGUGCAAAGAUGACUCUGUGUACCUUCCAAGUGAGGAACUGCUGCAGGAGUACAUUUUAAAUGAAAGUGGGAUCUUGUACCAGGGCUCAUGGGAUGAUAUCACCACUGUUCCAUGGAACUUUGGACAGUUUGAAAAAGAUGUGGUGGAUAUUUGCUUUGAAGUGCUGGACAAUUCACCCACAGCCCUGAAAAAUUCAGAGAUGGACAUAGCUAACAGAGGAAGCCCUGUUUAUGUUAGCAGGACUAUUACUGCCAUGGUGAAUGCUAACGAUGAUCGGGGGGUGGUAUCUGGGCGCUGGGAUGGGAAGUACAGUGAUGGGGUGGCACCCACACGCUGGACUGGCAGUGUGCCCAUCCUGAGGCGCUGGAGUGAGAAAGGGGGACAGAAAGUGCGCUAUGGGCAGUGCUGGGUGUUCUCAGGAGUGGCCUGCACAGUCCUCCGCUGUCUUGGCAUUCCAACGAGAUGUAUCACAAAUUACUCAUCCGCUCAUGACACUGAUGCAAACAUUUCUGUGGAUUACCUUUUCAAUGAUCAGCUUGGAAGUGUGUCUGAAGGCAGCAAGGACUCCAUCUGGAACUACCACUGUUGGGUUGAAUCCUGGAUGAAACGCGAUGACCUCCCAGAAGGUUACGAUGGAUGGCAGGUGCUAGAUCCAACUCCUCAAGAAAAGAGUGAUGGAGUCUUCUGCUGUGGGCCUUGUCCAGUCCAUGCAGUCAAAGAGGGAGAGGUGGGGUUGAAGUACGACACCCCAUUUGUGUUUUCUGAGGUGAAUGCUGAUCUGAUCUUCUGGAUUGUUCAUCCAGAUGGCCAACGAAUUCAAGUGUCCCAAAACAGUAAAGUUAUAGGGCGGAACAUAAGCACUAAGAGCGUGUAUGGAGACUUUAGAGAGGACAUUACUGCUAACUACAAAUAUCCUGAAGGAUCAAUGAAGGAGCGAGAGGUUUAUAAAAAGGCAGGAAGACAAGUGGGCCAAAAGAACAAAGGCCCAGGACAGCUUGAGCUUUUCAUCAAGCACGCCCCAGCUAUCCAUGGGACAGACUUUGACGUGAUCAUAGAGGUGUAUAAUGCUGGUAGGGAGGACACAGAUGCACAGCUCACAGUCACAUCGAAUGCAAUAACCUACAAUAGUAUCCACCGCGCAGAGUGCCAGAGAAAGACAACCUCUCUCACAGUGCCAGCUCACAAAGCCCAUAAAGAAGUAUUGCGACUUCAGUAUGACCAUUAUGGGGCAUGUGUGUCUGAACAUCACAUGAUAAGAGUCACAGCCCUCCUCCAACCCACUGAUCAAGACAACAUCAUUCUACAAGAAAUCAACAUCCCCUUGAAAAUGCCUGCGCUUUUUAUCAAGAUUAUUGGGAAAGCGAUUGUAUCACGUAAACUAACAGCACAAAUCUCCUUCAACAAUCCCUUACCUGUUAGUCUUCAAGGAGGCGUGUUUACUGUGGAGGGAGCAGGACUGACAGAGGCGAAAGAAAUAAAAACACAUGGUAAGAUUGAACCUGGUCAGGCUGUGACCGUUAAAUUCUCCUUCAAGCCCACCCGUGCUGGCCUGAGGAAACUGCUUGUCGACUUUGACUCGGACAGACUGAGAGAUGUAAAAGGAGAAACUACUAUCAUUGUUCAGACAAAAAUGUGAAAUAGGGCACUGUCCAAGAAAUCUAGACAAUUCAGAGAGCCAUACAUCAAGUGUGUUGUAAAUGAUACAGUUUAUGAUAUAUACAUGACUUGAUGAAAGCUGUUUUGCUUGUUACUUAUUUUGUUUGAAUUUUGUUCAUACCAAGAGUUUGUAAAAUGUCCUUAAUGAUUACUUUGAUAUGAUAUCUUUGCAUGCUCUCAUGCAGACCUUGAAUAUAAGUACCUUAAAAGCUGUUUUUCUACAUGUACAAUGCCCAAUCAUGUGAAUACACCCUAGCUUUUAAUACAUAAACGCUUUUAUCUAAUGACAAUUUGGAAAUCAGUGUUUAUUGAUACUUUAAGUAUAAUGCUGCUGUUGUGUUUGAUAUAAAUGUUAUUUUAAUUACAACAGAAAGUAAAUGUGACUGCAAAAUA